CUUACCAAACGGCUUCCCCAUUAAACAUUUCUCAAGCACCGGAGCGGUCGAGCAGGAAGGCCUCGUCCGUCAGAUCCGCCGCCUCGCAGCGCAGCCAGGCACGCGCAGUUCAAAUUUGAAUUGGAGCGGAGAACCUCUGACCACCCCGCUCCCACUCACACUCUCGCCACCUCACUCCACCUCCACCUCCACCGCCAUGGCCAGCGCUGGCGGCCGGCGCGCCUCCACCUCCACAUCACGCGCCCGCCGCGCCUCCGCCGCCGCGGCGGAGUCCAACGAGAACGACGACCUCGCCGCCGAGCCCUCGUCCUCCGCGUUCGCCCCCGCCCCCGCCCCCGUUCCGCAUUUAUCGCUGCCCCCGAGGUCGCCGCUCGCGGCCAUCGCCGAUCCCGGCCGGAACCCGCGGUCCGCGCCGGCGACGCCCAAGUCGCUGGCCGGCACGCCCAGGGCCUGCGCGGCGGGGUCGGGGGUUAGGGACCGGACCUCGUCGAUUGGGGCAGCGAGGAGGGUGUUCGAUCUGAGGGAUCUGGCGGCCGCGGAGGUGCCCGCGGAGGUGCCGCACUUCGAGCUCGACGAGAACCCCGCGUUCUGGAAGGAUCGCAAUGUGCAGGUGUUGAUACGGAUAAGACCAAUUAGUGAUGCCGAGAAUGCCACGCAUGGUCAAAAAAGAUGCUUGAUGCAGGAUAGCUCAAAGACAUUGAGCUGGACAGGACAUCCCGAAACAAUGUUCACGUUUGACCAUGUUGCGUGUGAAACAAUAUCACAGGAAAAGCUGUUCAAAGUUGUGGGUCUGCCAAUGGUGGAGAACUGCAUGUCUGGAUACAAUGGCUGUUUGUUUGCCUAUGGUCAGACCGGAAGUGGAAAAACUUACACAAUGAUGGGAGAGCUUACCAAGUUGGGCAAUGAACUUAGUAAGGACUCUGGCUUGACGCCUCGCAUUUUCGAAUACCUCUUUGCACGGAUAAAUGAGGAAGAAGAGCGAUGGCGAGAAGAGAAGCUCAAAUAUAUCUGCAAAUGCUCUUUUCUGGAGAUAUACAAUGAACAGAUAACUGAUCUGCUUGAACCAUCAUCAACCAAUCUUCAGAUCCGCGAAGAUAUAAAGAAAGGUGUAUAUGUUGAAAAUCUUAUGGAAUGUUAUGUGUCAUCCGUUAAAGAUGUUAUAUUGCUAUUGCUACAGGGGGUUGCAAACAGGAAAAUGGCUGCCACAAAUAUGAACAGCGAGAGCAGCCGUUCACAUAGUGUCUUCACUUGUGUAAUUGAGAGCCGUUGGGAAAGUGAUUCGAUGACGCACCUCCGCUUUGGGAGGUUGAAUUUGGUUGAUCUUGCCGGUUCUGAGAGGCAGAAAAGCUCAGGUGCUGAAGGAGAACGCUUGAAAGAAGCUGCAAAUAUCAAUAGAUCGUUGUCAACCCUUGGGCUUGUUAUCAUGACUCUAGUGGAUGUUGCAAAUGGGAAAAGCCGUCAUGUUCCCUACAGAGAUUCAAGGCUUACAUUUCUCCUCCAGGAUUCCCUAGGAGGUAACUCUAAAACAACAAUUGUUGCCAACGUCAGCCCAUCUAUUUGUUCUUCCAGUGAGACAUUGAGUACCUUGAAGUUUGCUCAACGUGCAAAGUUGAUUCAAAAUAAUGCAAAAGUAAAUGAAGACGCUUCAGGAGAUGUUAUGGCUCUACAAAAGCAGAUAGAGGAGCUAAAGGAUCAACUGACAUGCUUGAAGAAGCAACAAAAUUGUUCCAGAUCACCUAGCUUCCAGCUGCUUAAUUCAGGCUUUGCCAAUGAAUUUAAAACUUCGUGUGGAGUAGAUGAUCAACCAGACUGUGAUAUGAAUCUCCUAAAGCAAAAGGUUAGCCAUCUAGAAGAUAUUUUGGUUGGGAGCCUCAGGAGAGAGAAAUCAGCAGAGACCAAGAUCAGGAAGCUGGAAGCUGAAAUAAAUCAUUUGAAUCGUUUGGUCAACCUGAUGGAAUCUGACGCACAACGCUUGAGAAGGAGGCUUGAACGCUGUGAUGAAAAACAAAGAAAAUUACAUUUGAUGGAUGAAAGUGCUGUAUUGUCCCAAGAGACUCAACUGUUGCAAGAACAAAUCAAUGAAAAUCCUCAACUGACUCACUUUGCUUUACAAAACAAGAGACUAAUUGAGGAAAUUACAACGCUUCAGAACUUCCACAAGCAAGGGGAAAGAGAGAUGCUACUAACAGAGAUAUCUCUUUUGCGGGAUCAUUUCCUUCAUAUUCUUGAGCAGAAAUACACUACAUCUCCUAAAAAUAUAGAAGCUCAGGGUGAUGAGAUCAUCAAGGAGCUUGACAAUUGCAGGAAGGAGCUGGACGCAUGCUUAGAAAACAAUGUUCUGUUAGCUCGAGAAGUAAAUAAGCUUCGCUGUGAACUGAUACAAUACCAGAAGUCAAGCACAAAUCAAGUUGCUCCUGAGGCAAAGGAGAAUGUUGUGGCUACAAAUAUCAAUCCAAUGCAACAUGAUCAAGAUGGACAUAAUUUUUCCUAUUUAUCAUCAGAUGAUAUUAACAAGCAAUUCAUGCAAGCAGGGACCACAACUAAUAUUACAGAAUCAUUCCAACUUGAGUUACCUUAUGAAAUUGAUAGUGAAGAUCUGGAGUCUCCUCAUUUGCAUGAUCCAGAAACACAUGAUUUCAAGGAUCCUACAACAGUGUCUGAGUAUGAUGGUGCAUUGUCUCAAUGCUUCAACUUGGCUAUGGGGUCUUCACGUGAUGUACUUGACAAAGGCACUAUUCCGAAUGGGCUGGAUUUUCUAGAGAAGGAUGGAAUACAUCGUGUCCAUGAAAAGGCUCCAACGAUGGAUAUACAUUUGCAUGGAGAGACUUUAUUGUGUCAUCAAGAGGUUGAAAUAGUGAACUCAAGUAAACAUCUAUCACAUGAUGAGUUGGAACACCUUAAAAGCAUAAAUCAAGAGCUCAAAGAGAAGCUAGUCGUUAUGGCUGAGGAAAGUAACAAGCUUUCAGAGAUUAUUGUUGCAAAAGAUGUAGAAAUUGCUUCUUUGUCUGAGGAAUGGGAGGCUGCAAUUUUUGAUCUAACAAGCUUCUUAACAGAUGGAUGCAGAUCACUAGAUGAUGCAUAUCAGAACAUUGAUAAUAUGAUUAGCUCAUUUCCUCACAGUAAUAGUUCUGUCAGUGAACAUGUGGAGAAGGCUAUGAAAGUUAGCAUUGAGAAGGAAAGGAUGAUCUUCAAACUUCAAAUUGAACUACAAGCUGCACAGGAAAUGGGCAGGGAAGUGAAAGAAAAGUUGCACAUCUUAAGAGGUGCAACUCUUGCUAUAACUGAAGCUCAGCAAUUAGAUAAAGAAGAAAGUUCUCAGGAAGCACUACAACUAGUAGGUUUAUUACACCAAAAGGAUUGUAUGAUACAAGAGCUAAAGAACAAUUUGAAAGAGGAAAAAUGCCUCUUUGCAGAAGCAGCAGAAGGACAUUCUCGUGAUGACCUUCUAUUGCCUGAUAGUUCAGUUGACAUGAUUGCCAAACAGCCGCAUGAUGAAAAUGGACCAACAGUAAGUCAAGCUAAUCCAGAUUACCAGUCAGAGCUCAGUAGUGUGUUACAUCUCGUUGAAGACAAAUCAAAUAAGGUUCUGACCUUAUUUUCGAACUUUGAGGAGGCUCAAGAAACCAUGGAAGAGGCUGAACUUAUGCUUUCAGCUUUGUUGAAGGCCAACGAAGAAUUAAAACUUGAAAGAGAUAAUUGCAGGCAAGCGGUGGAAUUGUUGUUGUCUGAGAAAACUUCUCUGGUCGAUGAGUUGAAGGAACUUGAAGCAUCAAGUUCUUGUACAUCACAGAGGUAUGACAAAUUGCAUCAACAGAUAAAUGAUUGUGUUGUAGAGAUGGCAAAGCUUCCUGCUAUAAUAAGGGGGUUGCUUCAACAAAUACAAAGUGUCACUACAGUGGAACUCUUUGCUCUUUGCUCGGAGGUUAUCAAUUUUGGGCAAGACUUGAAGAAAUGUAUAAGUGACUCAAGAUCUUAUCUAGUGAACAUGGUAUCACUUGUAGAAGGAAAAGGUAGAUCUUCCGCUGAGCAGUUCCAUCACCUCAAUACUCAUGGGUUCGCUUGUCAACAAGUUGGGUCACGUUCAUGUGAGUGGGGUAGCAGAAAAGCUGAUUUCAGUGAUGGAAUUCAAGAAAUUCAAGACAUCGGUAGCAUUCAUAUGAUUGAUUUGGCUGAAGAAGGAAAGGAAAUGCCAUCCGUGGGUGUACUUCCAACUGGCAGGGCUGCAGAUCUGGAAGAUAGCAAUUCUAUCAGUAUGCAGGAUAUGACUGUUGUCAACGACAUAGUUUUCAGUAUUGCUCAACAGUGGGAUAUCUUCGUCAACAAAGUGUCCUGUGUAAUCAAUGCUGGGACAUAUCCAAGUGCUUCUGACGGUGAACAAAGUACCAACCUUUUUGCUGCACUUGAGAAACUAGAGAGCGGACAAAUAUAUUCAGCUGCUCCACUGCAAUGUGACGGAAGCAUGAAAGGUUACCAAACAGAACAUCUUUUGAAUGAUGUUGAACGUCUCAAGCACCAUUUGAGGCAGUUAAUAAUGCCACUGUUAAAAUUUAUUAAUAAUAUUGUCUCUACGGGGAAUGGACAAGAAAAUAUGCUAAAUAACUGCCGUGAAGCAACAGUAAAUGUGAAUCAAUUGUUUGAUGUUCUGAAUAAGAUGAGUAAUAACUUGAUUUUUGUUAUAGAUUUAUUUGGUUCUCUGGUACUAUCUGGUCAGGAAGGUUUUCAGAGCAUUAAUAAUAUUGGGAAGAAAGCCUUCAUGCUUCAACAAAUACAGUUAUGCAAAGACAAUUGUUCUGUUGACCAUAGUGCAGACUGUGCGUCACUCAGAAGAGAGUUUGACAGGAAAAGCAAUAUUGCAGAAGGAUUGUCAUUUGACCUCAAGCUACUGCAAGAGUCUACCUCAAACGCGAAAGAUAUGAAGGAUAAAGCUGAUGAAAUAUCUACUGCCCUUAGCAAUGUUCAAAGAGAGCUUGAAAUGAAAACUUCUGCAAUGGAAAACAUGUUGAAAAAACAAAAGUCGCUUGAGGAAGAACUGGCUGAAAAUGGUGCUCGACUGAUAAUGCUAAGAUCAGAGUUAGAGCAAUCUCAAAGUUUAUCGUCAGCGCUGUUGAAGGAAAACAAAGAUCUGAGAGUGAUGUUGGAAGAGGAAACUAUGAAGAAUAGUGAAACGAAAGUGCUGUUGGAAGAAAAAGUUAGGGUCAUAGAGGGAUUGGAGAGCCAAAUCCUAUUGCUAAACUGUUCUGAAGCAGGACAGUUGAUGUCAGAUAUUGAAGAAUUAAAUAAUAGUCUUAAAAUAAUGAGUAGUGACAGGGAAAAUCUCCAAGUAGAGAUACUUCAGUUAACGGACAAGCUUGAGAUGGCAAUGGCUUUAGCUGAGGAAAAUGAAGCUGCUGCUAUUGAAGCUCGUCAAACUGCCGAGACAAGUAAAAUCUACGCAGAGGAGAAAGAGGAGGAGGUUAAGAUUCUUGAACGAUCUGUUGAGGAACUUGAAGCAACAAUAACUGUUCUCGAGGAAGAGGUAUGCAACCUUAAAGAGGAAGUAAGGAGCUAUCAACUACAUAAACAAUCUGAGGCUGAAUUUCAAGCUGUUGAUGACAUGCUUACUGUAGAAAACGCAUCAAAAUGUGAUGCCCUUGAGGAAUUGUGUCAAGGGAGAUGCCAUCUAGAAAAGAGAUUGCAAGCUGAGAUUAUUGCACAUCAAAAUGCUAGAAAGAAGAUUGAAGGUCUCAAAUUGGAAGCAAAACGUAAAGAUGAGGAGAUAAGACAAUACAAAGAUCAUAUUGCUGAGUUGGUCCUGCAUUCAGAAGCACAAUCUUUGUUGUUUCAGGAGAAGUACCAAGAAAUGGAGCAUAUGGUUUCUAAACAGAAGUUUGGGCCACAUGAAUAUAGUUCUGAGACUGUCCAGGCCAAAACUGAAAAGCCUUCAGGACGAGCAAGAGGAUCUGGUUCACCUUUCCGGUGCAUAUCUAGCAUUAUUCAACAAAUGAACUCUGAGAAGGAUCAAGAAAUCUCAGUGGCACGCCAACGUAUUGAAGAGCUAGAAGGGUUGGUUAGUUGUAAACAAAAAGAGAUAUGCUUGCUAACAUCGAGACUGGCCGCUGUGAAUACCAUGACGCAUGAUAUUAUAAGGGAACUGCUUGGCGUCAAAUUAGACAUGACAAACUAUGCUAAUUUGCUUGACCAAGAAGAACUGCACAAGUUGUUAAUAACAUCCCAGCAACAAAUUGAACAAUCAAAGUCGAAGGAUACAGAACUUGAGAUUCUCACAGAACAACUCGGUCAUCUCAUUCUAGAAAGGGACAGCUUGCUUGAUGACAUGGACCAAAGAAAGACUGAUCUAUUGGAGAGUCAACUGCUCGUUGAACAGCUUGAGCAACGGGAGCAAAUGCUGGAAGCGCAGAUCGAAAUGUUACAGAUGGAGAAGGAUAAUCUUCAACAGAAGAUCAUGGAAAUGGACGAGACGAUUGAAUUGCUAGUCGGAUCAAAUCAACCAGAUACAACGCUCCGAAUGGGCGAUAACCAGCAUCGUGGGAGCAUUGAGUUCAGCAGGAGGCUAGCCCAGUCGGACAUGCUCCUCUCCCAUGCGAGACAUGAACAUUCUCGCAGCCACGCGGCUAGAAGCCCGAGGACGCAUCGUGGCAGACAUCACUGAAGUGAUGAGGUGCAUCGGCCAUCAGACACUGCUUGUGUUUGUAGAUCGGCAGCGGCGCGACCUCUUGGAUUGGGCUAUACAGAUUAUUUUGGAAGCCCUAAUGUCCAAAUGGCGAUCACUAGAAGAAACCUUUCUAGUUUCUACGUCUGGAAGACACAAGACUUGCGCGUCUGUAAAUUUGAUGUAUGCAAUGCAUACGUGCUUUGUGUAAAUUUUCCCCUGUAUGUUCUCCCCCUACAUCUACAUGGUAGAUUCCGGCAUUAUCUGAAACGACCAAAAAUCAGCUCCGAAUGACAACCUCACGGAGAUUUACUGCUCGGGUGGUAACCGGGUUGUUAUCUCUGGAAUUUGGAACCCUGCUGAAUAUCAUUUUACCGAUUAAG